UGACUUGCAUCCUCACAAUUCAACCCAACAUUCCACCCACUGUUGUUCCUGAGUCGCGCCGAGCACCGUCACCUGCGACCUUCUAGUGAUUGCCCUGAAGAGCUUGGAAUCUUCACUUCGAAUACCUUACUUCCAGCCGACUGCAUAUCCCUCGAUAAUCUAACGAACCUACGGCAACAAUUGCCACCAUCACCUACAGCCCUGCCCAAGCCUUUCUCCUUGGAUUGUGAAGCCGCGCUCUGACACCAGACCACUGCUCCUCUGCAGCACUUUUCACGCCAUUCACACCGCAACCCUUGCGCUUGCAUCGCUUUGACUGCCUUGUCGAUCAACCACUGCUGUUCAAGACACUCCCUCGCUCGAGCCCGUAUCAUGGCUAUGACCGAAGCUGCCGCCCAACCACAUGGGCGUUUGGGCCGUCGGCGACCCUUCUCGGCAUUGAUGAAGAAAUUAGCGAACCUUAAGGCAACAUCUUCAGGAGACGGAAGCCGUCAUUCUAGCUCGAAACGAAACGGGGCAAAAAAGCAACAGAACAAUCCGUAUCCUCUGUCGGGCCGCGUCGCAAUCGAUGAGUCUCCGCACCACAGCCGCUACUCAGUAUCUCCCGUCCGAAGCCGGCGAAGGGAAAGCACCGCAUCUCUGGAGCGCUCCGAUUCUGUCAGGAUAUCGAGCGACGAGCAUCCGCCCCCAACCAUGGGUGGACGCUCAAUAGCGCCGACAGUAUCAACCGUCGCCCCUUCAUACGGAGAGUCGUCACUCGCCACCGCCAGCCGCACCGUGACCGGCAGACGAGGCGGCGACAGCACCUUCUCUUCCCCGGCACCAUCAGUCCGAUCGCUGACCACGACUCUGACCACGAUACAAACGAUUACGCCUAACCCAGGCGGCAGCAACAACCACCACACAACCGCCAACCACCACAACCCCAACUCACAAGCAAUCCACUUCAACCAGCCCUUCCCCUCCAACGCCGGACCGAUAUCUGCCAUCCCCGCGCACCUAGCCACCUACCACUCGGCAACCGCCAACAACAUCUUGACCGACAACGCCUCCAUCCUGACCCUCGCGUCCUCCUCGAAACGCCACCGCCGCCGCGGCUCCCUCGACGAGGACGCCUCAACCCGCGCCCUGGCGCCCUCCUCCCUGUGGGGCGGCAGCCGCGAGUCGCUGCCGCUCAGCGUGCUCUCGGCCAACAUGGACGGUACAACAACAGCUGCUGGUGGUCCGACGACCCCGGGUCUACACCGCGGCGCAAGCAUCGCGAACGAAAGGACGAGUAUUUACUCUGUUACGGGUAUCUAUGGAACGGCUGCGGGGAGCGAUAGGAAUAGUUUCUAUGCCAAGCAGGGGUUUGGCGGUGGG